GCGAAUAAUGACGUCGCUCGUCGUUGACGUCAUAGGAAACACAGCCAGCCACUGUACCCAUGUACCAUCAUCACGACGUCCUUUUAAACAAAAACCACCGACCGAUACCAGCAUUGCCUCGGCAGCUAGGAACCAACACAUUAUAUAUCAAAUCACUUCCAAUCCUCGUCGCUAAUCCCUUCAAACUACCAAACCCGUUCAUAAUGGCCUCCCAAAACACAAACAACCAGCAACAGCAACCCGGCCUCGUCGCCGGUCACGCCGAGUACGUCAAGGGCGUCGCCGAGGCCGCCAUCGGUAACGUCACGGGCUCCCACGCCUGGACGUCGUCCGGCGAGCAGGACAAGGCGCACGCGGCCUCGGCACUCAAGGCCGCGAGCCAGCAGCGCGACCCCUCGACGCAAGGGUACGGCAAGGUCGAGGAGGUCGCGGGCAAGGCGUUCGGGUGCGACGGGAUGAAGCAGGAGGGUGCUGCCAGCAAGCAGGAGUGAAUGAAUGCCUCUGGGACGGGGACUGGCGUGUGAGAUAUUUGUAGGAUUAGAUAACGAGUCCUGACGAUUGGUCAGAAUAAUGCUCCCUUCACCUAUAUGUUCUGCAUGUCCAUGCUGUUAUGGGUGAUGAAAAUGUGAUGAAUGUCGUCUUGGGCUGUAUUUUUCCCGGGGGGGAGGGG